AUGAAGAAAACCUUCAUAACUUUUAUGUUGCUGAUGGUUGUAGCCAUUUCAUCGAAGUUAGAGGCAUCAGAGCUACGAACUCGAGGAAUGAGUUAUACUGAAGCGUAUAAUCUAGAUGUUUCUCGCUUGUAUUGUAAUAAUGAUUUCGAAUUCAUAAUUGGUGAAUUAGAGCGAUGGAUUGAUAUCAUUGAUAAUCGAGAAUAAUUGAUAAAGGACUUAGCAAUAAUCAAUUAGAUCAUAAAUAUUGUUGAGAAAGCAAAGGGUACAAUACAUGUAAUUCAUUCAACUAUGUUGGUGGAAAUAUAAUAAAAAAUAGAAAAGUCUCUUUAAAAUAUUUUUAUUCAAAAUAAGUGGGCAGCCUACAGAGUGGAAGAUGCCCUAGAAUAUGUGGGCUAGUUAAAUUCUACAUAAACAAAUGAGGAGAAAAUAGCGUUGGCAAAUUAAAUUAUUGCUCAUUUGAGGAGGACUUAAGAAGAAAUAUAUCUAUAUUUGAAUCAAUGUUAAUAUGCUAAGAAAACAAUAAAUUUGAGAUAAAAGGUAGCCUAACUUAGAACAUUAAAAAGGGAAUGCGAAUAAGACAUUAGAAAGGCAAGAGUCAUUUAUGAAAGCGAUUGGGAUUCAGAGGACGAGUAUAUUUAUUAUAACGAAAUCCCUGGAGAUACUAUAUAUUAUUAUUUUGAAGAAGAAGAUCUAGAAACACCUUUGCACGAUGUAUAUCAUGAACCUUAGCAUUAUCCUCAUUCAAAGUAGAAGGAUGGUUAACAUAAACACUUAAUCAAGAAUGAUAAGAAUUAGGAAAUGAGGAGAAAUUAAAGAUAUAUUGCUUUGGGACAUGAAAUCGAAGGAGAAAUUAAGAAUUCGGAUGAAGACAAUCAAAAUAUUGAUGAAACUUAAGAAGUUGAAAAUGUUGUUUAAGCUGUGAAAGUUAGCAAAAUUGAGGAUUUAAAUAAUGAAGAAUCUCACAUAACUGAUGUUACUAAUUAAAAUGAUAACUUGGAAGAAUAAAGUGUGACAGAAUAACAAGAAAGCAUUUCUGUGCAGGAGGAGAGCUAGAAUAAUGAAGAAGUGCAUUAGGUAGAAUCGACAAAAGUUUAGAAAACUGAAACUUAGGCUGAAAAUGAUAGCAAACCAUUAGAUCUGCCAAUAAAAAAUGAAUAAGACAAUUCUUAAACAGUACAAUAGAAAUAAAUUGAUGAAGAGAGGUCUUUGAAAAUUUAAUCCUUAAGAGAAGAUCUUGAUACAAACGAGCCAACAUCAUUUUAACCACCAAAACAUAAAGCCAAUAUAGGAAGAGUUUAAGAGAGAAAAAUUGUGGCAGUUAAUACAAAAUAUUAAAAUUCAGAAUUUGACGGAGAAACAACUGAGUAGUUAGAGUUUACUGAUAGAGCAUUAUUAUAGGAUUCCUCUGAAUAUGGUUAUGGUUAUUGGGUGAGAUAUGCUGAACAUAGUGCUAAAGAGCAUGCUAGAGAAGAAGGAGAGUACUAUUUCCUUUCUAGAAUGACGAUCAAUGAAGAAUAUGAAGAUUUUUCAUUUUAUGGAGACAGAGCUCUUGCUGUUUUUCUAUUCGAUAAUUCAUUUGUAUUCAGUACUUAUGACACAAGUGAUAAACUUAAGACUAAGGAUAAGGCUGUAGUAUUAAAUGAGAAUAUGGAUGGAAUGUGGUAUUUUGUGAUGUUCUCGUAUAGCAGUCCAUUAAGAAAAGCUGUAGGUUAUGUUGUUAGUUAUGGAGAAGGAAACGGAAUUUACAGAGUGGAGAUUGAUGCCACUCACAUUCCUCCUGCGUAUAUCAAAAUAAUAUUUGGAGGUAAACAUAUGAAUUAUUAUGGAUUAAAUGGUCAGUUUGCUAAUAUAUUUUAUGAUAUUGAUUCUCCAGCAUUUGUUGAUGGAGAUGAUGCUUUAGAUGAAGUGCUCAAAACAUUGAGUAAUCCACCUUAGAAUGUACCUGCAGUAAUAGAUGAAAAUAUAUUGACUAAGCCAAAACACUUCAAUGGAAAUGACAAGGGUGAAUCAUUUCAUUUUGAUCCAUAAGAAUCACAAUUGGUUAUCGAGGAAUAUGCCAUUGGAUUAUGGUUUAGAUGGAUUGACGAUCUUAAAGUAGAUGAGCCAAAUACAUUUUAAAUAGUGAAUUUAAGAUCAAACAAGCAUAAGGCAGCUGGAAAAGGAGUAUUGGGAGAUAGAGCAUUAGAAUUACACCAUACUUUCGGAGGAGGUGCAAAGAGCACAGUGUAUUUUAACACUUACACAAUCAAGGGAAACAGAGCAAAAGGAUAACCAUAUUUAUCAAAGACUGUUGAAAGCUCAGAAUUUUUAUGGACUUAUGUGUACUUUGGUUAUGACAAUGAUGGUGGAAGAGCCUAUGGUGCUCUAAUUAAACCAGGACACGUAGGUGAAAUUCAAUUUGAAGGUAUCCAACAUAAAUUAGUGAAUAAUUUAAUGGUAACACUUGGAGGAGAUGAAGUUAUAUCACCAUUCAACGGUAUGAUUGGAUAUGUAGGCAUUUAUUUGGGAACAGGAGCUUACAGAGAGGGAUUAGACUUUGGAAUGACCUUUAAUUAUGGUGAUGGAGUUAUGGCUGUGUAUUAAGUUGGUAAGCCAGUGACCUAUGCUGGAGGAGACAUAAAUUCAGCAAGAUAUGUGGAAUAUGAUUCAGUUGAAAAUAUUGUUGAUAAGAUUGUAAUUCACAAUGAUGAAGGGAUGAAAAUUAAUGGAUAAAGUGAAUAUGCAUUUGGAAUGUGGACUAGAUGGUUGAGCACUUUGCCAAAAUAUUUGAGUAAAAGAGCUCCAAUUCACAACAUAGCUAGAUUAGGAACUCAAGGUUAUGUGAUUGAAUCAAUAGAUGGAAGACUUGUUAGAUCAAAUGCUAAUAGAGCCUAAACUCCUAAAGAUACAACUUUAUCCAUUGCUCUCACAACAGAUUCAUAUGAGUUUUAAACCUUAAAAUUAAAGGAUGAGCUUCCGUUUACUUAAUUGGAGGGCAGAUGGCAUUAUGUUUACUUUGGAUACAAGAGACAUGGAGAUAAAGGGUUGGCUAAAGGAUACGUGUAAUUUGGAGUUGAUGGAGAGGUAGAGGAAGUAAACUUCGAUAUUUAUCAUGAUUUCUUACUUGAGUAUGUGGAAUUCAUCGUUGGCAAGACUGCUGCUCCAUUGUUCAAUGGAGAAAUGGCAAGAAUUACUUUUUCAUUUGGACCAGGAUCAUUUGUGCCUACAGCUGAAACAUUGAAGCUGUUUACCUAAAAUACUCUUCCAGAGAAGGCUUACAUUCAUCCAGUGUCCAGAUAGACACUACAAUUAGUGGGGGCACCUCAAUAAAUUAAAGAAGAACCAAUUCAAUUUGAAUUCGAAAAAUAUCAAGGUGCAGAAGAAUAUGCAUUAUCAGGAUGGGUGAAAUGGAGCGGACCUUAAGUGACUGGAAAAGUGGCUCAUCUUAUUACUAUGGCAUAAAAAAGAUUAGAUGAUUUAAAUGGCAAAAAUGAGGAAACAUUACAAAUUACAAGGGGAGAUCAAGCAUUUACUUUUAUCACUUACAAUCAAAAUAAAGAGGAAUACAAAUUAGUCUCUCAUGACGAAUCAUAUGGAGAGUAUGCAGAUCAAUGGACAUAUAUUUAUUAUGGAUUCUCUCAAUAAUUAAGAAAAACUUAUGGCUUUUUGAAGUACACCUUUACAGAGAGUGAAUUCAGACAGGAAGAAGUUAAUCAUUUCUAUUUAGCAGUUUUUUCAGUCCUAAUUUAAGAGAAACAAUAAUUUACAUAAUUCAUUGGCCAAAUAAAGACAUGGGUCAUAAAUGUCGGAGAUGGUGCCUUUAGAGAAGGAGGAUUUGAUGAAAAUGAAAACAUUAAGGUUCAUUUUGGAUUCAUUAGUGGAACAGAUCAUAUCAAGUUAUAAUAGGCCGGAUAAGAAGCUCACCAUGAAGAAACCAUUUUAGAAUGCUCAUCUCAAAGCAAAGAUAUUCCCUUAUAAAUUGAAUUUUAACAAAGUGAUAAACUACAUUUACAUGGUGUUAGUGAAUAUGGUUAUGGAUAUUGGGUCAAAUUCUAAUACUUUGCUAAUAAAAAUACUAUCUACAGCAAACCUCCAUUGAUGGGGUUAAGUAGAUUAACUAGUAACAGAGACUAUAGGGACUUUGAUGCACCAGGAGAUAGGGUACUUUUAGUGUUAUUAGGCAAAAGCUCAUAUCAUUUCGGAACAUAUGAUGUUAUCACUAAAUCAAAUAAUGUUGCUGGAGACAUUCCAUAUUAAAUUGAUUCUGAAAGUGAGUGGACUUAUGUGUAUUUCAGUUUUAAACGUAUUUCAUAGACAUAAGGACAUGCUAUGGCAUUCACUCAUUAUCAAGAAAACACUUCAGGAAUUUAGAUGGAUGUUAUGCAUUCAUUAUUGAAUGAUUAUUUGUAAUUGACAGUAGGUAAUGCAGGUAAGUAUUACUCAUCAUUCAAUGGAUAGAUUACUACAAUUCGUUUCAAUUUGGGACCAGGAUCUUAUAUUGACACAAAAUAAGGUUUAUUAUAGAGAAUUAAAAAUAAGGAUACUAUUCCAGAUACUUUAUCACCAUCAAAGAAAUUCGAUGUUCUGAUCGGAAAGCAUGAUGUAGCUAAAAUAGAAGAAGAACAACAUAUCACUCACAUAACUGAAGAGGCUAGAGAGUACAGCAUCUAAUUGUGGUUCAGAUGGUUCAAGUAGCCAGUCAAGACAUAAUAAUUGAUAUAUAGAUUCACAUCCACAAAUCCUGACAGUCUGGGCGAUGCUCAAAAAAUCGGAGAUAGAACAUUAGCUCUCUUCCAUACUGAUGGCAUAGAGUUCAGCACUUACAGUUUGAAUCCAUUAUCGUUAUCAAAUUCAUAUGAAGCUAAGAUUCCCUCCCAAUAAUUGGAGGUAUGGACAUUUGUAUAUUUUGGAUACUCAAAGAAUCAUCAGAAAGUCAGUUAUUAUUUAUUGGCUGAUGAGGAUGAACAUAAGGGUUUAGAAGCAGCAUUACAUGCAGUUUCAUCAAACUAUUGGCUAUUUCUGACAAAGGAUGCUUUAGUAAAACCCUUUGAUAGUAGACUUGCUUAAGUGAUCUUAAAUAUUGGCGAUGGCAGUUACAGAGAAGACAAUUUCAACACUCUUUAAGUGUAUUUGGCAGCACCUAAAUUAUUCAGUUCUGACAGUAAAUUUGAUUGGGAAGCAGAGGAUACGAUAACUUUGGUAUCAAGUGACUCUGAUAAGUGGGGAUCAAAAAUUACAUUUGCUGAACCAGACAGAAAGAUAGAGAGUGUUUAAGAAUACUCUGUUGGAUUAUGGGCAAGAUACUUAUAAGCUUGGCCCGAGAGAUAGUGGCAUACACCAUCUGAAAUGCAAAUUUUCAGACUCACAUACAAUGAUGAAAGAGAAAGUGGUAAAAUCGCAGUGGGAGACAGAAUUUUAAGUGCUUUUGUUAUAUUAGAGAAUUACUUGUUUGGCACUUACGAUUUAAAUGAUGAUGCUCCAAAUGAAAUUAGCACAAUACCUUAUACCCAUUUGGAAGGUAAAUGGCACUACAUCUAUGUUGGUUAUAAGAGAUAAUUGUAAUAGGCCAAUUAUUUCGUGUUUGAUGGAGAAGAGAUCAAGCAUGCUACAAAUGAGAAAUUACUACACAAACCUCUUGGAGAUUAUGUUCAUUUGAUUUUGGGAGGAGAAAAAGAUAUAUCUCCUUUCCAGGGUUUGUUGACAGAAGUCGCAGCUCAUUUCGGAGUUGGAUCCUUCAUUAAUAAUGGGGAGGAACUCUUAAAAUCGAUAGACACUAGUUUUGCAUUACCUUAAGAAUUGACAGUAGAAUACAUUCACAAACAGAAACAUGGUUAAUAAUAGUUGAUUGGAGAAGGUGAUAAUAAUGAAGGUAGUGAAAGCACUGGAGACACUUGGAGUGGAGUGGGUGAAUAUGCCAUCUCUGGAUGGUUUAAGAUUGCAGAGACUUAGGUAAAAAAAGAAGGAGAGAUUAAUUCGCCAUGUCAAAUAUUGUUUAGAAUAACUAAUAAAUGA